AUGACGCUCGAUGAACAAAUACAAGAGGUUACUACUGAUAUCGACGAAGUCAAACGUCUAAUUGAUGAAACUAAUCGUCCUCGCAUAAAACAAAAUCUCGAACUUCAACAGCAAAAAUUCGAAAAGGAGUUAAUUCAAUUGCAAGAGAAAUUACAGAAACAACAACAACAGGCUACUGAUGAAGCAGCCAGCAACAGUGCUGCAUCAGCUCGUACCCAAUUAUAUACAAAAGAUAUAUCAGUUUAUGCAUGGGAUCAAACUGAUAAAUUUAUUAAAGUCUAUGUUCAAAAUCUUGAUGGUGUUGGAAAUUUACCUGAAAAUCAAAUUCAAUGUUCAUUCGAAAAACGUGGUUUUCAUCUACAAAUUCAAAAUCUAAAAAAUAUCAAUUAUUCUUUGAAAAGAAUUCAUCUUCUCCAUGAUAUUCAACCAGAUCAAUCAAAUUUUAAAGUAAAAAAGGAUAUGGUUAUUUUAUCUUUACGAAAAAUUGAAUCAAAAAAUUGGGAAUGUUUUUUACAAGACGAAAAGAAAACACCGAUGAAACCAUUACCAAAAUUAGAUAAUACAAAGGAUUCAAAUGAAUCUUUCAUGAAUAUGGUCGAGGAAAUGUACGAAAAAGGUGAUGAUGAUACGAAACGAGCCAUUGCCAAAGCGUGGGUUCAAUCAAAAGAGAAAGCACAUGCUGCUGCUACUACUACUAAUACACAGAAUGAUGAAUCGAUGGAUUCUGGAAUAAUUAAAACACCGGAAUUUACAUUUUAUCCUCCUCCAAAGAAAUAA